GUGACGAAUGGACGAACAAGGAAGUACAGAACCAAACUUUUUCUGGUUUACAUUAAUGUGAUAAGGCUAUAUCUGCUGUUGUUAUGUUAUUCAAGUCACUAGCGGGGAGUGCCUGCACUCUACUUGGAGCUGCAACAGCCUUCAAAUUCGGUACGUCACUACGACUUUUCACACCUGUGGAAGUCCAGGCCCAAGCAGCUGCCCUCCUUCACAGCGUAGUGAGGAAGUCCUCUAUGGUGGAACAAGCAAGCAUGAGGAUUGAACUUCUCCCAGCACUCAGUGACAACUACAUGUACCUGCUGAUCGAUGUGGACUCCAGGGAAGCAGCUAUUGUUGACCCCGUGGAGCCAAUAAAGGUUGUGGAAGCUGUGAGAAAGCAUGGCGUAAAACUCACAACUGUUUUGACCACUCACCACCACUGGGAUCAUGCUGGUGGAAAUGAGAAGAUGGUCAAGCUAAUGCCAGGACUGAGGGUCUACGGAGGAGAUGACAGAGUUGAUGCUAUUACAAAGAAAGUUUCUCACUCCAACAAUAUCAAAGUUGGAUCACUCAAUGUCAAAUGCCUGUAUACACCAUGUCACACAACUGGUCAUAUCUGUUACUAUGUGACAAAGGAAAAAAGCACAGAGCCACCAGCUGUUUUCACAGGGGACACGCUGUUUGUGGCUGGUUGUGGGAAAUUCUUCGAGGGUACAGCCGAGCAGAUGCACAAAGCCUUGAUAGACAUUCUGGGAGGCCUGCCUCCUGAAACGCGUGUUUACUGCGGGCACGAGUACACCGUCAGCAAUCUGAAAUUUGCACGUCAUGUGGAACCGGACAAUGAAGUCAUUCAGAAGAAGCUGGCAUGGGCAAAGGAGAAAUGCAGCGACGGAGAACCCACCAUUCCAUCCACUUUGGCAGAUGAAUUCACGUUUAACCCCUUUAUGAGAGUAAAAGAGAAAUCCGUGCAAGACCACGUAAAGCAGACAUCCCCGAUUGAAACCAUGAGAAGUCUCCGGAAAGAAAAGGACGGCUUCCGGGUGCCCAAGGAGUGAUGUCCACUGCAUUCAUGCUUCAUAACAACUGCUUACAACACUUCAAGCUGUUUAUUAGUGUAAUACAAAAUGUAUAUCUGCAUUUCAUCUUCAGCGCCGCUAUAAAUAGAUCCUCUACAUUCACUCUGUCAUGGCACAAAUUCUUUUAUCAUUAUAAUCGGAUCUAAUAUGGCUAUAAACUUGUUUUAGUUGUAUUUGGUUUGUUUGGAUCAUGUUGGUGUGAUAGUUUUAAGGAAUAUAUGGCCAAUAGUUUAACGCUUUAAAUGAGAAAUACAUUUGUUAAUCUGUAAAUAUGACGUUUAGAGUUUUAAAAUUGGUUUAGGAUUAUGUUGUAAUCUAUUCAAUUUCAUGAAGUGUUAGAAUACAAAAAAGGGAGCGGCUUGAGGAACAAAUGUAAUAAAACGUAAAAAUGUCUGUAAAUUGAUUAAAAAAUCAUUUCUUUUCCUGUGAAGAUUCA